GCCAGCUGCAAUAGGACCGGACCCACCCGGACACGUUUCACUGAUGCGCCGGAACGGACCGAGAGCGGAGACAUGGCGGACGAUGGGGACAUUAGUCUGCUCGUUAUAGUGGUGGAUGUCAAUCCUAUUUGGUGGGGUCAGCAGAUCCUGAAGGAGUCCCAGUUCACCCUGUCGAAAUGUAUGGAUGCAGUGAUGGUAAUGGGAAACUCCCAUUUAGCCAUGAGCCGCAAAAACAGACUGGCGAUCAUAGCAAGUCACAGUCAGGAGAGCCGCUUCCUAUAUCCAGGGAAACACUGGAAAAUGGGAAGCUUUGUGGAAAGUGGUGACGUGAGUUCCGCAGAAUCAAACAGCUGUGGGAGUAAAGAUGGUAAAUAUGAACUCCUGGCCAUUGGAAAUGACAUAAUCACUGAGGAGAUCAAAGAUCUAAUGGCAAAGACUGAAGUGAGAGCCCAACUCACAGAAACUUUGCUGGCAGGAUCUUUGGCAAAAGCACUUUGUUAUAUUUACAAGGUGAAUAAAGAGUUGGAAGUUGGGCAAGAGCUGAAUUCCCGAAUAUUGGUUAUUAAAGCUGCUGAGGACUCUGCUGCUCAAUAUAUGAAUUUUAUGAAUGUUAUCUUUGCAGCACAGAAACAGAAUAUUUUGAUUGAUGCAUGUGUUUUGGACUCUGAAUCUGGGUUACUGCAGCAAGCUUCUGAUAUAACUGGAGGGUUAUAUUUAAAAAUACCACAGAUGCUCUCACUCUCACAGUAUUUACUGUGGGUCUUUUUACCAGACCCUGAGCAGAGGUCUCAGCUUGUCCUCCCUCCUCCAGUUCACGUGGAUUAUCGAGCUGCCUGUUUCUGCCACCGUAAUCUGAUUGAAAUUGGUUAUGUGUGUUCGGUCUGCUUAUCAAUAUUUUGCAACUUCAGUCCCAUUUGCACUACGUGCGAGACUGCUUUCAGAAUUGCUCUGCCACCUGUAAUGAAAACCAAGAAAAAGAAGCCAAAACUCUCAACACAGAACUACUUGACGAGCUGACGUCAGUGGACAAGAAUCAUUCAGUCGGCCUUUCUUCUUUCUUCACUUUUACCUGCUUCAAGUAUUUGCUGGAAUUGGUACAGUAAUCCAGAACCACAACAUUCCCUCUGUUACUGCUGCAAUAUAAAAGCAGGAGGAGUUGAGACUGUAACACAGUGUUAAACUCUUCAUAGCGUAUGGUUGAAUUAUUCACAGAAUUGUAAAACACCCAAUUUUCAAAGUUUCUUUGACCAAUUUGUCGUCUCACUUUUUGAAAAUUCUGAUGUUGGUUGCAGAAUAGAUACACAGUAUAGAUUCUGCCCUGGAAAAGAUGUUAUUGGAAUUAAAAGUUCAUUGGUGCCA